GCCCGCCCCCGCCCCGCCUCCCUUCGGACCCCUCAGUCUCAGGCCCGGCUCCCCGCCUGACUCGCGCCCGGCCCGCGGCAGCUUGCUGUCGUCCCGGCCCGCACUGCGGCCCCGCCGCCGCCACCAUGUCCCUGCACGGCAAACGGAAGGAGAUCUACAAGUAUGAAGCGCCUUGGACCGUCUACGCCAUGAACUGGAGCGUGCGGCCCGACAAGCGCUUUCGCUUGGCGCUGGGCAGCUUCGUGGAGGAGUACAACAACAAGGUUCAGCUUGUUGGUUUAGAUGAAGAGAGUUCGGAGUUUAUUUGCCGAAACACUUUUGACCAUCCGUACCCCACUACAAAGCUCAUGUGGAUCCCCGACACAAAAGGCGUCUAUCCAGACCUACUGGCGACAAGUGGUGACUAUCUCCGUGUGUGGAGGGUUGGUGAAACAGAAACCCGGCUGGAAUGUUUGCUAAACAAUAACAAGAACUCAGAUUUCUGUGCUCCUCUAACCUCCUUUGACUGGAACGAGGUGGAUCCUUAUCUGUUAGGUACCUCCAGCAUUGAUACGACUUGUACCAUCUGGGGGCUGGAGACAGGGCAGGUGUUGGGGCGAGUGAAUCUUGUGUCUGGUCAUGUGAAGACCCAGCUGAUCGCGCAUGACAAGGAGGUCUAUGAUAUUGCGUUUAGUCGGGCUGGGGGUGGCAGGGACAUGUUUGCCUCCGUGGGCGCUGAUGGCUCGGUGCGGAUGUUUGACCUCCGUCAUCUAGAACACAGCACCAUCAUUUAUGAAGACCCACAGCAUCACCCACUGCUUCGCCUCUGCUGGAACAAGCAGGACCCUAACUACCUGGCCACCAUGGCCAUGGAUGGAAUGGAGGUAGUGAUUCUGGAUGUCCGAGUUCCCUGUACACCUGUCGCCAGGUUGAACAACCACCGAGCGUGUGUCAAUGGCAUUGCUUGGGCCCCACACUCAUCCUGCCACAUCUGUACCGCAGCGGAUGAUCACCAGGCUCUCAUCUGGGACAUCCAGCAAAUGCCCCGGGCCAUCGAGGACCCUAUCCUGGCCUACACAGCUGAAGGAGAGAUCAACAACGUGCAGUGGGCAUCCACCCAGCCCGACUGGAUUGCCAUCUGCUACAACAACUGCCUGGAAAUACUCCGAGUGUAGCAUUGGCGGCGCCUUGCCCACGAGGCGGGGGCUUGUGUGUUUCCUGCCUCUGCCCCAUCCCCAAAGUAAGAAGAAGCGUGUUUCUGGUGGCCAGUAUGUGUCUCACUGCUUUGCAUCACUGUUAGCAGAAGCUGCUCUAGGAGUUCCUGGCCAGUCGUCCCGUCGCCGUCUGCGCCAGGCUCAGUCCUAGUGUGGCGCCUCCUCAGCCCAGGGCCGAGUUUUACAAUUUUCUCUCCCUUUCUCUUCUCCUCCGGUUCCUCCAUUAAACUUUUCUGUAUAUUUGUUUGUCAGCUAUUGUGUUAAUGAGCACUGCAGGCACUGGCUAUGUUUGUACUCCUCUGCCCCAGAUGUCUCUUACCUGUCUGCUGCCCGAGGCGGCAGUCUGUGUCUGUGUCCUGUUAGCACUUACGUGGGAACAAAUACCAAUUUGGAGUUGUCUUUCCUCCUAUUAUCAAUGUCUUUAACAAAUUUCAACUUUGUAUAUUUUUUACCUAUCAGGCUGAUUUUUUUACGAAAAGAACUUUACUCUUCCCGGUUUCUUCCUUUGUCUCAUAGUCCACCCCAUUAGCACUUCCUCUCUUCCCUCAGUGCCUGGAUCUAGCACUGGGCCUUCGACCCCAUGAGCAGUUUGCCUUCUUGAAUCACUGCCUGACUGCAACGUACCUGACCAGGAGUCCCAGACCGCCUUGGUGCUCUGAAGUCGGCCAGUUCUCUCACCUGUUCUCAGCCCGGCUCUUCUCAAGGGCAUUCUGGGCUCCCAGACAGACACGUGAAGCCUUCUGUUACUUCCUGAAGUACCUCUGUCCGACCCCACUGGGACCUGCUGGCCAUGUGGUAGGGCUGAGAGAGACAGCGUGUCUGACUUGAAGGGAAUGGUUUCAGAAAAGCUGAGCUUAGAGUGCAUUUCCAGUACCUAGUUUCCGAGUCGGUGUUUCCCUCCAGAUGUAAGUCCCAGGCCAUUUUCUUUCACGUCUUGAAUGAUACGCAAGCACAGUCUGUAAGCUGAACUUUGGUAUCUUGAUUUGGUUGGUUUACUGUGACUGAUGGUUGGCCACUCUUUGAGUGAGAGAGUCCUGCUUGAAAGGCACAUAGUCUGUGUGUCUAAUCCUGAACAAGAUCUUCUUUAGAUAUGGGAGACUGUCAGCUCCUGGAAGGAGUGGAUUAAUAGGCUGUGAUAAUCCCAGGCCGUCAAAUAAAUAGAUAGCUGCAGGGCCAGCCAGUUAAGGUGCACCUGUCACCACCCUCCCACCCCAUCCCCCACCCCACCCCCACCAUUAGGUGCUGAGCAGUAUUGGACUUGCAGGCUGCAGUGUUUGUUUCCGUUACAUGAGUGAGUUCCACGGAGAGGGCUUGUGUGUGAUUCCGGUGGUAGAUGAGUCUUUGGGCAGGCAGGGUUUGGGACAUGCUCAGAGUCUAGGGGGACUUUGGUCUAGCAUGUUCUGCCACAGGUUUUUGAGCCCCUCUGAGUUGUGUAGCUGUUGAGUCGGAGAGUAGCAGACCUUACGGCUGGUGGUUUUGUCCACUUGGGUUCUCACCUGCUCUUGAGAAACAAAACAAUUUUGUUCUCCUGGGCCCUUAAACUCUUUUGUUUGAGUCUCCUUUUCCAGAGCAGAUGUAUUUUUAAUCUCCAAAGUCACAGCUCUUUGCUUUACUACACAGGCACUUGUCCAAAGAAAAAGGCUCUUUUCUUAGCGUAUCUCCCCUUCUACUUUUUCACUUUCUUACUCUGAUUUUGAGGCUCUUUAGCUGGCCAUCCACUUGAGGUUGACUUUCCUUCAUUUACUACCAGAUUUGCACUGUGUCAUUCAGCGGUGUAAAGUGAGCAGUUCUUGGUCAGAACCCUCCUCUGCUUGUAAUUCUUAUUUGCUGGUUCCAGGGUCCUUCUCUUAAGGGUAGCAAGUCUAAGUUGAUGGUUGCUUGCUCUAGGAGACCAUCAGGUCCUUCCCCUGGGGAAGGGUCUGAGAUGGAGGUCAGAGUGUAGGAGGGGCUGGUCGUCCUGGGGCAGGGCUUAACUGCACUGAGUUCUAAGUUAAGAUUCCUUUCCUGAUCUACACUUAAACGUGGUCUGCAUGGUGAGAUUUGUCAACUGGAACUGGAAAACAAUCAGGAGAAAAAAUUAGUAGUAAUUAGAAUGUAUUUGCAUAAAGUUGCUACUUCUCUGGAAACCAGCAACUUUUGGUGGUUUUUUUUUUUUCCUUGCCCUGUGGGCUCCCAGACCUCUCACCCCUCCCUAGGUCCUGCAGUGCGGUCCUCCUCCUGCUGGCAUCGACCUGGGACCCAGGUGAGACUCCCCAGUCUCCCUGAGCAAACACAUACACAGUCACGGUUGCUGAGAUGCCGGUAUUUUGAAGUCCCAGCUCCCUUUCCCUCCGUUUCCACCAUAGGCCAGGUGGCCUCAUGGCUAAGGAGGGGAUUUCUGUAGUCUCAAGACUGAGAAAGCCUCUUAGCCAGGCAUGCUCCAGGAAGCAGAGAUCUGUUGUAGUUUCAAAAGCAAGUGUCUGUUUAAUUUGUUCAGGUUUUCAGAUUGCCACCCAGAGAGAAUGGGCGGGAGGCUCUGGAUCUGCUCUCCUUAAGUGUGAGAAGAGCAGUGGCCAGGGCUUCCCUGGAAAGGCCACAGGGCAGCAUGUCCGGGCUCUGGCUCUCCUGGCGGUGGCCCUUCCGUAUGCUCCUACCCCCUGGGCCGAAGCUGCCUUUGUUUUCCUUGUCUGCUCUGAGGGGACGGAGAGGUGCUAAAUAAAUUCGGCUUCAGGUUCCUCAUCAGAGAGUUGGUGAAUGGGUCCAAGUCCUUCAGGGGCUUGAGUAUUUACACCCAAAAGAGUUGGAACCCUCACCUUCUAGGGAGGAAUGGAGCUGCAAGUCGAGGACUUGAAGAGGGAAGAUAUUUGAUCACUGGGUGAGAAUUUCUUAUCAGAACCAGGAUCGGCUCUCAAAGAACCGGUUAAAAUUUGGGAAAAAAACAGAAAAAAUUGAGACUCCUACAAGGUUUUGAUGAUAGUUUUGGCUGAAAUUUUCGGAGGAGAUUUGAGAUGUGGGAGAAAAUCCAUGGUAAGUGUUUCUUUAGAUCAAGAGAGAAGAUAUUAGAGGGCAUGAAAGGUCUGGGGUGGCCAUGGAAUGAGGCUGGGGGCACAGCCUCUGUCAGCCAUUUUGGACCAUCCGUCAGGUAUCUGUGGCACUGGCUAACUGUGGGGACAGGAUGGCAGCUCGGGCAGGGAGCCCCUUCCUGCAGCACUAAGCUCUAGGUGAUGUUCGGUGGCAACAUCCACAGGUGGUGGGCGUCCCGUGGCCAUUCCUCAUCAUGGCUCUCCUUGGUUGUAGGCCUGUACAGAGCAGAGGUUGUAAACAGUCCUGCCGAUUUUCCUCCCCUCCCUUUUCUUUUCUCUUCCUCUGGCCUUGCCCCCAUAGAACUUUCUCCCUGCUGCAGCCUGGGCCUCAAGUCGGAGGCGGUAAAGACAGGUGGGAGCUGCAGGGUUUACCACACCUGGGAGGGCCAUCCCCAGUUUGAGAAUGUGGCAGCUUCUUUGCCUGCCUGGCUUGGAGUAAGGGAGACUACUCAAGUAGACGCCUCUCUCAACGCAGAUGCUUCCCUUUACUCUGUGCACUCCAGGAUGAGGAAGGAAGGUCAUGCCUGGCACUUAAGUUGGGAUUUCCGAGGGAGGAGAGCUGAGCUGAGCUGAGCAUCACUGUGAGCCCUGGACGAGGCUUUCGUACUGGCUGGGCCAGCUGCCCCCAGCGUCUCCUGUUGCAGAGCCUUGCCCACCUCUCCCACCUGCACCCUCUUCUUCUCCCACGAUUGUCGUUGCCGCUGGCUCUCAGAGUUAAAGGUGUGGCUACACAGUGCGGGCCCUGUCGUCUCAGGCUACUUUGUGGAUAUUCUUUUUUAAGUUUGGAAACGUGCAGGUGCCUUCCCAAAGAGGCUUGGACUGGUGUAUCAAACCAGAAACAAAUAAGCUAGUGAAAGUAUGAACUCAAGAAGAAAGGUAUUGGCAGUCAUUGUAAUAGCUAGAAAACUUACAAGGACCCACCUUUAGGACAACCCAGUGACUAUGGACUUGUGGUGUCUGCCGUUUAAGAGAAAUGCUCUAGCCUGGGGUUGGUUGUGGUAAUCCGGUGUGCAACGAGACUUGUUGAGCUACAGCUUUGACUCGCUUGAGUUGAGUAUGAAUCACUUGCUUGGGUUCCUGUGUAUUUUAUGACCCUGUCAGUGACUUCCCCCUGUCCUCCCCCGAAUGUGAACUUGUAGCAUGAUUGUACAAACCUCUGUGUAGAAAACGGAGAUUCCUUGUUCUCUGAGAUGUUAAGCUCUAGCCAAUCAAUUUCUGUCCCCUCUAGCCUAGUACGUCUGAACUUCAUUUCUUGUUACAUAUUUAAACUUUUCCUCUAUACUCUAGGUUUUGUGACCUCCCAUGGUCAGGUGGAGAGGAAGCUGCCCCCUACGGAACUGUACUAUCACCCGUUUUUCUUUUUAAAAUAUUAUUAUCACAGGACUGAUUGUACACAGGGCUUGUAAUAAAAUGUUAACACUGUGCUGUGAAACCAUAAUGGUAAAUCUCCAUUGAAGGCGACUUCAAAGGCACCUGAAAGUGGAGUGUUACAUCUAUGACUUUAUUUCUUGCUUCCUGAGUAUAUUAAACCUAAUUUUCACCCUUUCAUUCUGUUUCAGCCUCCUGUAUAAGAAGUACCGUAUUUUCUGCCCAUCAUACUUUGUAAUAAAACUUGAACAUGUAUAGAUUGA